AUGCCCGAGGGCCCCGGUCCAGUGCCUCCCAGCCAGGCGUCCCCCAACAAAGGGCUCGGGGGCCCUAACUGCGUUACGAUGGAGGUUACGACUCCAGCAGCUGACGCAGCGGUAAACGACCCCGACUGGAGGGCGCCUCUCCUGGCGUACCUCCUCGACGCGGUCCUCCCAGCUGAUAGAACCGAGGCACAAAGGAUUGCUCGACGCGCCAAGAUGUUUGUUGCCAUCGACGGGGAAUUUUACAAACACAGCCCGUUGGAGAUAGGAAUGCUCAUGAAAUGCAUCCCGACCCAACAAGGAAAGGAACUCCUCCUGGAGAUCCACGCUGGCAUCUGUGGGCACAACGCGGCCCCGCGGUCGCUGGUCGGCAAAGCUUUUCGCCAAUGUUUCUACUAG